GUUCUGAGUCCGGCUUCUCAUCUGACUAUGGAUAUCACCAUUCAGCACCCCUGGUUCAAGCGCUCCCUGGGGCCCUUCUACCCCAACCGCCUGUUUGACCAGGUCUUUGGUGAGGGAAUGUUUGACUUUGACCUGUUCCCCUUCAUGUCCUCCACCAUCAGCCCCUACUACAAGCAGAACCUCUCCAGAGGAUACCUGGACUCUGGGAUCUCUGAGGUGCGUUCAGACCGUGACCGUUUUGUCAUUAACCUGGAUGUGAAGCAUUUCUCCCCUGAAGAUCUGAGCGUCAAAGUCCAUGAUGACUUUGUAGAGAUUCAUGGGAAACACAACGAGCGACAGGAUGAUCACGGAUACAUCUCCCGAGAAUUCCAUCGCCGAUAUCGCCUUCCUUCCAAUAUGGAUCAGAACUCUGUGAGCUGCACUCUGUCUGCGGACGGGAUCCUCACUUUCUUCGGUCCCAAACUGCAAUCCAACAUGGACUCCAGCCACAGCGAUAGGACCAUUCCUGUGUCCAAGGAGGAGAAAUCAGGCUCAUCCUCCUAAAGGCCUGGCCCCUUGGCCCAAUCUCUCUGUGCUGCCCCCGGUGCUUCCUCUGGAGCCCCCUGAGAUACAUACUCCUGUGUGUGGGAAGGUGGGGCUAGCGCUUAAUAAAGAGUUCUGACUAUC